CAACUAAAGGACAAUAAAAAUGAUGAUGAUUAUCACAACGAUAAUGAUAGUGAUAACGAUAAUGAGUGUGAGAGUGACGAUGAUGAUGACGAUGACGAUAACGAUAACGAUAACGAUAACGAUAACGAUAACGAUAACGAUAACGAUAACGGUAACGUUAACGUUAACAAUAACGUUAACGAUAACGAUAACGUCAACGAUAACGAUAAGGUUAACGAUAACGUUAACAAUAACGAUAAUGAAAAUGAUUACGUUAACGAUAAUAAUAAUGAUCUUGAUGUUAAUCAUAAAAAUACCAAUCCAGUUGGCAUUGAUCUUAUGACAUAUUGAGAUACUAGGGAAAUGUCGCCUAACAAUGUUGACGAAUGAAUACAACUAACUAGAAAAUUAAACUUAAACUUCUCACCGCGACAGACCAAUAAUCGUCUAACCCGAAAGGCGAGGCGGUCGGCAAUUUUGUUCAGGUUUGCCUCAGUAAAUUCCACGUUGAUUGCAUCAUUUGGCUCGGACACAAUGCUUUUCAGCUGAUCUAUUCGCUGUGUGUUGUUUACGUUGGGAAUAAGAGCACCCACAAGAUUGAUGUCGUUUUCGACUCUCAGCACCUUUUCUGCAUUUAGGAGUUUGAAGGUGUCCAACAAACGACCAUCACCAUCUUCCGUGUUUCCGUCGGUGAAGAGCACAACGAUCUGAAAUUUAAAUUAAGGAGAUAAACGCAAUUUCCAAAGACAUUUUUAAAUGAAGUGAUAGCGAAUUUCUUAUUUCAGUAUAACACUGAUGUUGCCCCUGCCCCACCCCUCCAUCCCAAAAUCCUGAACACACCCCUAUACCUUCGCUGGAUCUUUACCCUUCCUGUAAGCUGAACGUUCGUCGAACUUCUUUGGGACUUUUUUCUUCAGGACGCGAUUUAAGCGGUUGUAGGGGCCAAGUCCUCCUUUGAGGUAUUCGUAAUUCACGUAGUAGAUUGCACUAGCUGCUGAACCCCAACUAUUCAUUUUUGUCUUUGAACCGUAUCUUCCCAUCACAAACUUGUAGUCAGUGUCAUCGCUGUUCAGUGAAGUCAGUAGCGUUCUCACUAUACAUUGUAUACUUGAACGAAUCCCUUCAGAAAUGCUCCGGCUGUCUUGGAUCAAGACGAUAACAUCUGCCUUGGUCUUGCAUAAACCACCGGCUGAAAUUAUGAGCAGAACAAGAGAGGAUCAAACCAAGAGAGAAAAGAUCCGGCCAUAAUCACAAAAUAACUUAUCGAAAAGUAUCAAAAAAAAAACACAUUGAAGGUUGAACAUUUUUCCGAAUACUUGUCACGUGUCUUUCGCGUAGCAAAUUUCUCAUGCAUACUUAAAUGAUGUGAAAUGAGUUUGAAAACCAUACGUAGACUGUGCCAAAGACUUUAGCCUUUACGAGAGUCUAAGCACACUCAAAAUUCGUUUCCCCUUUAUAAAAAAUAUUAAUUUUUUUUCCCUGCACACAAAAACUCGUUUAAUGUCACCAAUCUUAACAAUACGCAGCACUAUGAAGCAAUAUCUGGCUGGAUUUGGGAUCUUGUGAGUUCAACUUCUGAUCGAAAAAUUCAGUUUCCCUUUCACCGCUUAUUUCUUAAAAACAUGAUGUUUCCUAAGUCAAGUUGAAAUGUUACUUGUGAUAGGACAAAAUCCUGGAUUGCUUGUCGUCCAUCCAACGUAGGUUGUUAAGUUAAGGACAUUCUGAAACUUUUUAAAGCACCGGAGUAGCUCCGUAUCGCAAAGACAUACGGCAUAACCACACUUCCCUACUUCGACAUCAUUCGAAUCAUAUUCACUCGCGGGAGCUAAAACGAAAAGAAUGGUAUUAAUACUUUUAAGGGGGGAUAUUCCGUUUGUCUCAUUUUACAGAUUUCUAUAAAUUUUUAAUUAUUUUUAUCAAUUUUGCGUGAGCUAGGUUAUUUCUUAUGUUUUCUUUAGAAGACGACGAAACGACGUUAGAUCGCUGUGUUCUUGCCAUUGAAAAUUUUCCAGAAAUACUCUCGCGUGCUCUCGAUCCAAUUCAAUCUUUUUCAUAUCGCGUGACUGAAACGACACAGAUGACUGCGACGAAAGGUAGGAGCUAAGGACUUGGGCCACAUGAAACACACAACGACAAAACCUAACGAGGAUAUUACACAAAAAAAAACAUCUGAUAAUACUUACUGCACGUGUCAGUAGACGCGUUGUACUCAAAUCUGUUUUCCAAAUUGAAAAAGUUACCACCACAUUUUGCCGGUUGAACUAAGUCAAGCUCGCAAAAAUCAUGGGCCUUGCAACAACUGAAGUUAAAAGAAAAAUAUAAGAUAAAUGAAGAUCAUCCACGAAAAAGGAAAAUGAAACUGGAAAUGGACAGCAAGAGUGAACGCAGAAUGCUGAUAAGAGAUCGGAUGAUGCCACAAAAAGAGGAAAAAAAGGUUGAGGUUAUCAGUAGUGAAAGACAACAGUAAUCAAGUUCUGUCGUUUGUCUCACUCUUACUCAUUUAGAGUAUGAAUCACAAAGUUUCCACAGUAUGCUGCGCGUCCCUUCAACAUUCUUCUCCCUCAACUUACAAAUCAAAGUUAUCCACAGUUUUUCCAAAUCCACCAGCGCCACACCAACAGCCGUAGUUGAAAAUACUGUAAGCCUGUAGUAGAGUAAGACCCAACCUUUCUUGCACCAAUCCUGCAACUUGUUCAAUUCUUGGGUUGAAGCCAAGUGACUUUUUCUCCCAUUUAUGUGCUGGUGAAAAAAAUAUUGCAUGGUCAGUUUUCGUCGUCUUAGUUGAUUAAUGACCGUUUGAUCGCUUGUCUCCCAAUUAAAGUUUAUAUCUCUUACUAAACGGGUUUGUGGUCCGCACUGUAAGUUACAGACCGAGUUUAUCCGCUCGAGUUGCUGGCCCAAGCGCGAAGGGCGCGGGCCAAUAAUCCGAGUGAAAAAAUCGAAGUCCUGUACUCGAGACCGAGAAAACGAGGUUAGUAAGAUAUUUAUAUUAUCUCUGGGUUAAAACAGAAUUGGAAGAUUUUAAUUCAAACAAACUUGGAAAUUAGCGCAUCGUACAUUAAAUUACGGCCUGCUAAAUUAACCAAUCAUACUGCUCGCGCUAAAUAAGAGAUGUAAUAUUAUUCUUUAUUACCAGACUUGAAUACUUUCAAUUGGGGUCAAUAACUACGCAUUUCGCCACAUACGGCAUGCUGCACGACAGAAAAACAUAUCCUUAUGAGACUUAACACACUUUUUAAAAUCCACCAGCAGUCUAUCAAGAUUGCUGCAAUCUCAUUGGCUAUGCUACUUUUUAUUCCGUGAUAGACCACGAGUGUCAUAGCCUACUAGAUUACAGCAUUUUAUGGAGAAGAGUGAAAAACCUAACAGUGCAUGGUUGUAAACAGAAGAAAAUAAACAACAUGAGCCUGCCAUGUUGUUACUUUUUCAACGACUAGUAAAUUUAUAUCACUACAAUUAGAUAAUUCGUGCUCGAUUUAUGUACAUGAUAGUUGAUUCGGGCUUCAAGUAUCAUGCGACAAAAGAUCUCAAAACCACGAUAUAAUUGAUAAACAGGAAUGCAGAAAGAUUUAUUUUUUUAAUCGAAGUGGACAACUGCAUUGCAAAUUUAUCUGUUUUCUUAUCUGGGCCAAGUUGUUCAAAAGGUGAAUAACGCAAUCCAACGGAUAAAUCACUAUCCAGCGGAUAAGUGUUAACGAAACAUAUUGCGCUGCCCGGCGGAUAGGAAUUUAUCCGUUGGAUAGCGUUAUCCACUCUUUGAACAACCGGGGCCUGGAACUGAAUCAUGAUGAUUUCUUUUCGCUAAGACAGGAUUGCAUGCGCACCUUAUUUUUCUUCAAAUUCGUGAUUUAACAAUGAUUAUGAUAUUCAUAAUCAUAACAAUCAUGAUAAUAAUGAUGAUGAUAAUGAUAAUAAUGAUAACAAUAACAAAAUCUUGAAUGAGCACUCCUGAAAGGGCUUUGUAAGGACAAUGUACAAACAAAAACUUUUUAUUUUUAAAUACACAUAAAAUGGCUGAAAAUCCCAACUGGUGCGGAGAAGCCAACCAAUUGCCUAUUUACAAAGGCAGCCAUGGAGUUGACCCGGGGACAACUGAGAACAAUGGCUGGCAAGUUACAUGGUUGAGGACUCGAAAAUACGAUUAGCAGAAAACAAGUCCAAUGCCUUAACCAAUGAGCUACGCUGCCUACUCUAGCGUAUUCUACAGUCUCUGGAACAGGUUUUAGUUUCUGAUCUUAUAAUCACUAAAUUGAUAUUUUAAAUACUACAUUAAUUUUAACAGCUAUUCGUUGGCUAAGAAAACCUCCCAUGUCCCAACCAUUCCACCCUCCACCCAAAAACAAAGACUUACCUUUAGUCAGACCGCCACUUAUGGAUGAGGCUAAGCCUAUAAAAUAAGGAUGCGGGUAACGAAUUGACAUGGAAUUAUUUCAAGGAUAAUAAACGUAAAAACCUUCAUUUGGCGCGAAAAUAUGUUCCCAUAUUUGUCUUUGGACAUUUUCUGUUCCUCGAUUCUCACAAUAUUCAUGGUGUCCCUAAACAAAUUUCAGUGCAUAUUUUUGCGCUAAAUGGAAGAGACUGUUUUUAUUUGUUCUGAUUGUCUUAUGUUAUUUCUUUAGCAGUUUAGCUUUCUUGGUCUUAUCACACCCAAUAAAAAUGUGCUCUUUCGUGCGUUCCUCGUUCCAUAGGGAGAUUUAUAAGACAGAGAAGAGUCUCACGUCAAUAAUUUCAAUUUCAAUUCGAUGUCUUGUUAUUUGAAGUUUUUCGCUUUGCGACAUCCAUGUAAUUAGCGCUGUGUCACUGAAAUUUGUGCGAAACAUUGCCAUUGAUCCUUUUAUGAAUCAUACAACAUUAACUGAGGUUACCAGAGUUUAGGUCCAUUAGAAGAAAUGCAAUUCCCACAAACACACACAGAAUACUCAUCGUUCCAAAAUGAUCCUGUAGAAGAAGGCGCAAGUUAUAAAAGUUACCAAAAUUUAUAUAAUUUUCCCUCGUACAAAUCUUACAAAGAGCACAGUAUUGACAACUAACUAAAACAAAUUUCUCAGUGACAUUCUGCUAUUUAAAUCUGAAUUCAGAGGGGACAUGGUCUACAUGUAAUCAUUUAUAAGGGACAUCUUUACAACAUUUUGCGAAAACAAAUUUAAGUGUUGCUACUUUUUUCUUCACUUAAAAUGGCAAAAAAAAAAUCAAAUCCUAGAACUGCUUACGUUAGAGCAUACUGAAAUACGAUUUCAUUUCAAAUUGGACUGCAAAAUAAUAAACGACGAUCUUUUUCAAUAUACUUACGUUGACAGAAACUAAAUUUCUGAGUUCCUCCUCAAUUUCGUUUAACUGUGACCGUGCUAAACUACCGGUUGAGUCUGUAGGCCACUGAGGCUACGAGUAAUAAUUAUGUAUACCAACUAUACUAAGAAUAAUGCGUGCAACUCAUUGGAAUUGUUAUCUAUGGUUGUCGACCUAGUGAACUGGUCCCCUCCCACGUUUGAAUCAUUCAAACCUCUCGUCAAAUGUUGAAAAUAUUCUCCCACGCAUUACCCCCAAAAGGUGAUGUAACUACUCUCUCCUUAAGAGUGAACUUCUUAAGGGCCCUUGGCUUUGCAACGGUAACGAGAUUGAGAAAAGCAAGGAAAUAGAGGGUGAUACCGCUUCUCGAAAUAGGUAUUGUAGUCAUUCAGUUAGCUGUAAGCGAACGCUUCCCAAUUCGAUCAUCAAGUUUGAGUCUCCGAGACCAGCAUUCGUGGAUGGUGAUCUUGCUGCUGGUGUGCGUGGGAUUUAACCGGUGAUCCAAUUGGUUAUAAUGUAAUAAAUGGAGAGCAUAACAGCAAAGACAAAAGUAGAAUCAACGUUUUAAGAUUUUGUCAUGCAAACCCUCGUUGGGUCCAUUGAAUAUUUACGCUGAUAUGGGAUCGACAGCGUAGAAGAUUCAGUAGUUAUGCUUACGAAAAUUGAACUAAAGCCAAUGCAAUAAUCUGCAGUCAAGUGUUCUUUGUUCAGGGGAGUGCACUAUUUGGUUUGGUAGCACAGUGGUCAAUAUGAGACGACGAGGGAAAAAAGAACGCCUGAUGCAAUUACUUCUCCCAAGAUGUUCUUUUUCACUUGCUAUUCACGAUCAGCCUGCCGAUUCUUGUGCUCUUUUACUAUUCACUAAAGGAACAUCUUUUACUAUUCAUUAGAGGAACAUCUUGAUUGAUUGUUUUUUGGCCCUAAUCCUGGGAAAAAUAAUCCAGAAGAAAGAAAAUUGGAAUUCCAUGAGUAACAGUGGAAAAAAGGAAAGAAAGAAAAAAAAACGUAAAAAAUUCCCACCUCGCCCCAUGAUCUAUCUCUGAAGUGCGGAUUUAGGAGUUGGACGAGCGCGAUCAAUCAAUCGAUCAUUCAGUCAAUCACUAAACUCUACUUAACCACGGGCAAUCCAUCAGCUGUUUAUAAAAAGGAUCAAACUAUGACUACACAACUAUAACUAUGAACUACACUAUAUUAAGAAGCUACCUUCCGUGACUGCCGUGCCUUAGAGAACUUUGAUGAUUGCGCGUCUAAACGACGUGAGCGAUUCCGCACAAAUAGCUUCGCAAGGGAGGCUAUUCCAUAAUGUGGCGCCACUAUAACUAAAACUAUUUUUGGAAUAAUGUGGGCGUAGUAAUCGAACAUAAAGUUGGUUCUCGGAGUCCCUCAGUUCGUAGCAUGUAUUGCGUUCAGUGAAUUUCGAUGUCAAAUAGUCUGGAGCUAACCCAUACAGGUAGGCAUUUGAAUACCAUGAUGGCCAUGUUCUGCUAGCGGUCAAGAUUUUUCCACCCUAAAAUUUCGAACAAUUGGCAGCAUCAGUGUCAUAAUUUGAGAAUUUCAGAAUCGCGCGAGCUGCUCUAUUCUAAAAUUUGGGCAGCUAGUCUUGUAAAGGUACCCCACAGGUUCUAUAAACGGUACUGUAGUUGUAAAAGGGAGGUUGUAUUAAAGCUUGGUACAUAUAAGAUGUAAGGUCGCUUGGGGAACCAGGUGCCUAACACGUUUCAUGGCCCCGAUUCCAGAAGCGAUCUUUUUGUUAGGUUUUUGGUGUGGCAGUUCCAGCUGUUUAUCGUCAAUUGUUACACACCAAGAAUUUUUUAGUUAAAGCCUAUUUUACCCGAGUACCGUUCACUGUGACUGAUUGGGAAGCAGAAGAGUAUUUAGCGUUUGGCCAGAUCCUAGCGGUAUAGAUUUGUUUUUAGUCAUAUUCGAAGUUUGUUUUGCAGUGAACCAAGUAUGCACAUUCAAUUUAGGUCCUCACUAAGACUAGAUUCAAUGUUGCCUCAAUCAUUAUCCGCAUAUGUGAGAUGGCGGUCAUCGGCGCACAUCCUCGGUUCACAGUUUGACAAAUAAUUUGGAAGCUCGUUUAUAUAGGAUAAUAAUAACAGUGGACCGAGGAUGGUCUCCUCCCCCCCACUGAGGGACACCGCAGGUUAGUACACGGCUGUCAGAUACGGACCCACUAACUGAGAAUUGUUGUGUGCGGUUCUCUAAAUACGACUGCAACUAUUUCAAUGAAUUCCCAGAUAUACCAUUAAAGUCAAGUUUAGAUAGAACAAUGUCGUGGUCAGCGGUAUCGAAACCUUUCUUCAGAUCUCCAAAAAUAACCGCAAUAAUUUUCCCAAUAUCUUUAUUAUAUGCCCAGGAGUCAGUUGCCUCACGCAAAGCUGUGACUGCAGAGAAAAUAGCACGAAAUCCCGACUGAUAUCUGCAUAGCACAUCAUGCUCCUCUAAAUAGGCACUUAGUUGUUCGUAAACUAUUGUCUCCAAUACCUGCCUCACAACAUCGAAAGGUAAUUUUUUACGUCGUCGCGUUCACCUUGCUUGUCAAGGGGUGUGAUUCCAGCUGAUCUCCAGUCUACUGGAAUCACCAUUACAUCGAUGUCGAUGUCAUGAUCUCCAUACGUGUUCUGCUAAGGGUCAAGUCUUGUGCAAGCGCAGCUAACCACGCAAAAUGUGUGACAGAAUGUCUACGUUAUUUUAUCCAAAUUUUCAGAACGGGGAAAAAUUCUCAAAGGCACAAAUGAAAUAGAAAUAUCGUAGACAUGAUGAAAGGAGAUUGAAACACUAUCGGUUGAUUUUAUUUAAUCGUUUAAUUCAUUCAUAUUUCUCAAUAAGACUUUUUAUAUUUAUACGAUGUAUGACAACUUUAUCAUUGCAUCUUAAGCUUCUGCACUUCUACUGGUUUCCUUCUUCGAGAAUGACUUCAUACAUUGACCGUUUCCUUAGGCUUUCUUGGUGUGGCUGAAAAAUACGUUAUCACAUGAGGCUAUGGAUCAUUAGAGACGAGCGAAAAAAAAGCUGUGUCUUUGAGCUUAGCUCUUUACCAUAGUUUAUCAUCAGAAUGUCUCUCUCUACCCGGGAGUAUAAAAAGACAUUCUUGCGGUGGAUUUGCACCCAAUCCAGGGAAUUAGCAGAAAUGAUUGUCACUUAGCACCGUGAAAUUGGGGUUGAGGAGAAACUUCAUAGUUUCCUUGUGAGUUUAGUUUUUUGAUUAAAGAUGAACUUUCAUCUUCUAUAGGCACAAAAUGAGAUCUGACGUUAUAUCUCCUUGAAAUCACAAAUACAUUGCCAGACCACUUUGGGCUCCUUUUUCGCCUCCUUCAGUGCAUUUCAAAGCGCGCUUUUACUCAAAUUUGCUAUUUCUUCAGAUAUGAAUAAGUUUUGAAAUUAUUUCCACUAUUUUAUUUUUUUGGUAUCGUCUUCCCUCAGAAGGUUCUUUGUCCUAAACAGCCAACCAGACUCACAAUGGACAGAAGUCCCACAGGACUCCCAGAGAAAACUCCGCUAUCUCCAUCGCUAAGGAAGACCUCGCCCAUCAAGGAGUACAAAGAAACUUUAAAUAGAUGACGAAUAAAUACGAAGGCUUAAGUAUUUUCCCCUACCAGAUUUCCAUCUGUCAUCUAAGGCUCCAAUGUUCUCUUUAAAUACUACAGUUACAGUUUGGUCACCCUGUGUAACCUUAACCUAAAAAAACAAAACAAAACAAAAAUGCUAUUUGAGACUAAAACAGCGUUACAGAGGUGACUGCAAAAGCACAAAAAACGUAAAUGAUGAUUUCUCUUCAUUACAUAUAUUGUACCUUUCUCAGUUCCCAGCCUGUUCUAAUUGGGUUUUUUCUCUCCGAUUUGAUUUUCACUUCUGUGAUGUCCCCAACAUCAAUGCCACGGACCUUGAAUUUGAAUGCAUCUCUAGGGCGAAAAAAAAAUCAAUGAACUUUCUGUAAUUAAUUUUGUUCAAGCAUCGAGAUGUAAAACAUAAAUUUUUUUCAUGGGUUAUCUUCAGUUCCUUCACGAUAUUUCCUAACGUUUUGAUAACUAUGCGUUGGCUUUGAACGGACUGCAUUGAGAAAGCAUUGUAGAAAUUAUUACGCAUCCAAGUUCUCUGAGAUCACCCUGCCUAUGGGUCCUUCUCUAGAAUGGUAGUCGCCUCUGCAGCCGUUGUUUGGUGUCGUCACGCUACUUAUUAUCUUCCCCUCCAACAACGAUUGCAAAGGAUACUACCAAAAUGGCAACCGAGAUUAAUAAUGCAUCAUAAAGGAAAAUAUGGCAAGUUGUUCUUUGUUUUGUCAAGAGAAAGAAAUAAUUAAAGUCCUCCACGGGGAGCGGCAUAAAUAUCCUUAGCAUUCCGCUAAUGUGCCACUGAGCUGUAACAAACACGAUGUCGAUAUUUUCAGAUUUUAAAGGUCUUUGAAGGGGUUCUUGGUUAAACUUUCACUUUCACGUAUGACCAAAAGACAAUUUCUCCUUUCAGUUGUUAUUGUGCUGUCAAACACACAGGUGAUGAGAAUUUAGAAAAAUGUAAACUAUAGGGAAUACUGACAUUAGAAGGAAUGUAUGGCAGGCAGAAAGGAGAAUUGAUUUUGCAAUCUAAAGAAAUCAUUGGUUAUUAGCCUACUUUCGCUUUGUCUCUUUUUCUUUAUAUAACAACAGGUCUUCUGUCUUUUUUCCACCGGUUCCGACGAGCAUGAUGAACACAUGGAACUUCCACGUGAUGUCUUUUGUAGGGGUGAAAACAACCACCGUGUAGGGAACUUCGAUGUCAAAAUAGCAACAAUCAUAAGAAAAAUAACGAAGAAAAUGAUAAUGACAACAACAACGAAAGGACAAUAACAAUGAUGAUGAUUAUCACCACGAUAAUGAUAGUGAUAAUGAAAACGACUGUGAGAGUGACAGUGCUGAUGACGAUAACUAUAACGAUAAAAAUAACGACAACGUUGACGUAAACGUUAACGAUAACGAUAACGAUGACGAUAACGAUGACGAUGACGAUGACGAUGACGAUGACGAUAACGAUAACAUUUGUGUUAACGAUAACGUUAACGAUAACGACAGCGUUAACGAUAACAAUAACGAUAACGAUAGUGAUAGCGAUAACAAUAACGAUAACGUUAAAAUAAUGAUAACGAUAACGACAACGAAAAUGAAAAUGAUUACGUUAAAGAUAAUGAUUAUGAUCUUGAUGUUAAUCAUAAGAAUACCAAUCCAAUUGACAUUGGCCUUAUGA